AUGGCGUGCGAGGGUACCUUGUUGGGUAUGGGGAACCCACUCCUCGACAUCUCUGCGGUUGUCGACGACGGCUUCUUGACUAAGUAUGACAUCAAGCUAAACAAUGCUAUACUUGCCGAAGACAAGCACUUGCCCAUGUACGAUGAGAUGUCAGAAAAGUACACUGUCGAUUACAUUGCUGGAGGUGCCACUCAAAAUUCCAUCAGAGUUGCCCAGUGGAUGCUCCAAAAGCCAGGUGCAACAAGCUACAUUGGUUGCAUUGGGAAAGACAAGUAUGGUGAAGAGAUGAAGAAAAAUGCUAAGCACGCUGGUGUUAAUGUUCAUUACUAUGAGGAUGAAGCUGCUCCCACUGGAACAUGUGCUGUUUGUGUUGUCGGUGGUGAGAGGUCGCUUGUUGCAAAUCUGUCAGCUGCAAACUGUUACAAAGUUGACCAUUUGAAGCAACCUGAAAAUUGGGCACUAGUCGAGAAGGCAAAAUAUUACUACAUUGCUGGAUUUUUCUUGACUGUGUCUCCCGAAUCUAUCCUACUCGUUGCUGAACAUGCAGCUGCCAAGAACAAGAUCUUCUCGACCAACCUUUCUGCUCCAUUUAUCUGUGAGUUCUUCAAGGAUGUCCAAGAGAAAGUUUUGGCUUAUGCGGACUUUGUGUUUGGCAAUGAGACUGAAGCUAGAACCUUCUCAAAGGUUCAUGGAUGGGAGACUGAGAAUGUCGAGGAGAUUGCCAUAAGGAUUUCCCAGUGGCCCAAGGCGUCAGGGGCACACAAGAGGAUUACUGUCAUCACACAGGGUGCUGACCCUGUUGUUGUUGCAGAAGAUGGGAAGGUGACACUAUUCCCAGUUACCUUGUUGCCCAAGGAAAAGCUUGUUGACACCAACGGAGCAGGAGAUGCAUUUGUUGGUGGGUUCCUGUCGCAAUUGGUGCAAGAGAAGCCCAUUGCGGACUUUGUCAAAGCUGGCACCUAUGCGGCCAAUGUGAUCAUCCAGAGGUCUGGCUGCACAUACCCAGAGAAGCCAGAGUUCAAUUAG